UUUUUUACUGAGUAUAGAUAAAGAUAGAUAGAUACAUAUUGAUGCCGAUUAGGUUUUGUUGGGCUAGCCGCGUAUCUGUAAAUCUCAACCAUCGGCUUUCGUUGGGGAAAAGUGAAAGAAUACGUGGCAAUAUGAUAAACGGCAGGCCAGUAAAAAUCUCUAAAAAUAAUUCUCGCCCUUCUUCUGUUUACUCAAAGUUCGCUCCCCCGGAACUUCGAUAUCUUAUUUUUAAAGGUUUCAAUCCACCUCCUUUACCAUCACCACCAGCACCACCAUCAAUCACGGUGCCACGUAGACCCUCAUAUCGUAAAUCUCAAAUCAUAGUGCCUCAUGAUAGAUUUCGAGGUGUUUAUGUUAGCAAGGAUAGGACGAGCUUGUAUACCAAAAAUUUGGUCCCAAAUCUCUCCAACGACGGUGAUGUCGUGGUUUCUGUUAAGGAUGAUGAUGGGACUGUAAAUGAGUAUAGAGAAUGGGAUCCGUAUAGGUCAAAGUUUGCUGCUGCUAUUCUUUGUGGUGCUGAAAAUAUAUGGAUCGAACCUGGUUGCCGAGUAUUAGUGAUUUGCUCGCGAGAUGAUGAACAAUUUGGGAUCACGAUUUCACAUAUCUCUGAUAUUGUUGGACCUGGAGGUAUGGUUUAUGUAGUGGACCACAAAAAUGGGAUGACUCUUGCAGACAUCGCUGAAAAACGCUUCAAUAUUGUACCUAUUAUAUGUUUCAAUGUUCCAGAACAUUAUCGCAUGCUUAUUAAUAUGGUAGAUGUGCUGUUCGCUGCUCCAAAUGAACCUGGAGAGACCCAGGUUGCAUAUAUAAAUGCCCUGUACUUCCUUAAAACUGGUGGACAUUACGUGCUCUUUGUCCAGGCUGAUUGUAUUGAAUCAAGAAGCCGUGGUGAUGCUGUGUUCAGUUCUAUGAUCAGACCUAAAGAGUUUGAGUUCAAGCGAAAGCAGCGAGUCACUCUGGAACCAUUUGACAGAGACCAUGCCUAUCUUUUUGGUGAUUUUCGCACCAUUGAGAUGGUUGACCCUAGCUGUUUAGUGGCUCUUAAGUUUUGGACUGCACCGAGGUUAUAUAGGGGUGAUAGGGAGCAUGUUACUAUUUAUGAACAACUUUGGGACUUGCCAGUUUAUCUGUUGUUUGAAUCCUCCUGUGGAUAUGCUCUCUUGCAAGCUCAUGACAUGUUGAAGGUUGAGAGAAAUUAUCUAGCCAUUGAGGAGUAUAUCAGUCGCUUUGAUGAUUUCUUUGAGCUUAUAGCUUAUCAACCUUUUAAAUCUACUGAUGAAGCUCUAGUUCACCUUAAUGCUAAUUGCAAAGGGAUUGUGUACAAGCAAAUGCUAGACUUUCUGGUGUUUAAUCUUCCAACACCGAUGGAGGGUGGUAAACACUGUUAUUCACUGGCACUUGUUAGUGGAGGCAUAUCAGAGGAUAUAAUAAACAAAACCAAAAUUGCUUGCCAGGCAAAUUUGUUUCAUGUUGAUAUACUUCGUGGUGUGCGGAUGCAUAUUGACAAAGUCAUCAACGAUAUUAAGCCAGGAGACUUGGAAAAAGCGCAAUUAGAUCUCGCUCGAAGUUACUGCAGGCAAAAGCUUAUAUCACCAGAUGAAAAAAAGCCAAAAAAAGAAAAGAGACAGAUCUCAGGCUAGUAUCCCAUUGAGAAGAAAUCCACCGAGGAAGGAGCGGGCAGUUGCCAAGUAGUUUGUAGUAAUCUGUAAAGUUAAAUGAUAAAUGCUUUAUUUGAAUGUCUCUUUUUGUAGUAGUUUGUAGUAAUCUUUUUGUUUGAUGUCUAUGGGUGCGAAUAAAUAAUAACCCUCCUGUCACUUAAACUAAACGUAUAUUCAAAGUUGCAAAAUAUUCUGAAUAUAAAUUCAAAUAAUUUUAACGUUAA